AUGAAGAGAAGUGCAGGUCACUUCGCCACUGAAGGCGGGGCCGAUAACGAUGCGGCCGUCCAUAAUGGAAUGGCAGCAGGUGGGCCUGCUCGUGAUAUCAAUUCGACACAAGUAAAGGAAGGGACGGCGGCUUCCUCGUCGGGAUACGAUUACGAAGUGUUCUUGAGCUUCAGAGGGCCAGAUACCCGAGCGGGCAUCACCGACUUCCUCUACACAAGCCUAGUUGACGUGGGAAUCCGUGCGUAUAGAGACAACAAAAAUCUCCAACACAGGGAAGAAAUCGGCCCCGAGCUCCUCCAAGCGAUCCACCAGUCAAAGAUCUCCAUACCCGUCUUCUCGAGAGGCUAUGCCUCUAGUAAAUGGUGCCUCCAGGAGUUGGUCCACAUGGUGAAGUGCAAGAAGACUCGGGGGCAAAUCAUCGUGCCCAUUUUCUAUGAUGUGGCACCUCGGGAGGUCCAACUGCGAACCGGGGUCUAUAAGGGGGCCUCGUAUUUGCAGGAAACCAAGAAGCUGUACAGCGAUGAGACUAUACAAGAGUGGAAAAAGGCUCUCAAAGAGGCUGGAAAGCUAGAUGGAUGGGACCUGCGGAACAUGCCCAAUAGGUGA